AUGUCAUCCACUAAUAACACAAGCAUUUCAUUAGCAAUUAUUCAACUUCAAAGUGGUUUUUAUUAUUCAAGCCUUAUUUUAGGAUUUAUUCUAUUCAUCGGUGGUGUUUUAGGAAAUAUACUUAAUAUAAUCAUCUUCAUUAAAGUUGGAAACUACAAGAACAAUGCAUGUUCACUUUACAUGUUUGUUCGUACUUUUCUUGAUCUCUACAUUCUUUUUACUGGUCUGACUACUCGAAUUCUUACCACAGGUUUCCAGAUGGAUUUUACUUUAAUCAAUCGAAUUUGGUGUAAAACGCGUUCAGGGUUUCUCGAUAUUACUAUUAUAUGUACAUAUACUUUGAUUUGCUUACAAGCUAUUGAUGCUUGCAUUUGUUCUUCUCCAUCAGUUGUUGUUCGACAAAAGAGUAAUAUUCGAAUAGCACGAUAUUUAAUACUUGGUACUCUUUGUUUUUGCUUUAUUCAUGAAAUACCCUACUUCAUCUUUCAGGAUCUCGUUAUUAUUGGAGGUACACCCAUGUGCAUUACAACAAAUACAAUUUAUGCUCAGUAUCACAUCUAUGUUGUCUCUCUUGGUAUUGUUACUAUUAGUCCAAUCACAGUGAUCUCUAUUUUUGGCUUUCUCACUGUCCGACAUAUGAAAACUAUCGCUGUAACGAGAACACUUUCUUCUUUUACAAGACAAACAAUUAGUAUGGUAUUAUUUCAAAUAUUUGCAGUAUUGGUCUUCAAUGGUCCAUUUACAGCCUGGACAAUUUACUCACUUAGUACAACAAAUGCAGUUAAAGAUACUUAUAGACGAGUAGUGGAACAAUUAAUCACUUCAUUUGCUGCUAAUUAUGCUUAUGGCCCAUAUGCAAGUUCAUUUUAUUGCUAUUGUUUAUCUAAGAGAUUUCGAAAUCAAUUGCUCACAUCUCUUAAAGAACUUGUUUGUGGUAUACAUACGAAUCAAGUAUUUCCAAAUACUCAACGUAGUGGUACUCGUACUUAA